GUUCUUCCACCGAAUCAAUUAAAGUUGUACCUGACUCAAGGUCGCCCUCUUCUGCUCAGUUUUGUUUCUGGAGAAACGAAACAUAAAUGUGGUAAAAGAAGCUCGGCUUGCUGAAGUAAGGACAGACAUAUGGAUCCAACUGUGGUAGCAGGAGCAGCAGUAGCAUUGGCUGCAGCACCUUUUGUUUUGGGGGCUGUAGGGUUCACCUCAGCUGGGAUAGCAGCAGGCUCAACAGCUGCAAGCUUGAUGUCUUAUGCAGCGGCUGCCAAUGGAGGAGGAGUGGCAGCAGGAGGCCUGGUAGCUGCUCUACAAUCAGCAGGUGCUGUUGGUUUGUCUGGGGCCACCAGUGUUGCUGUGGCCAGUGCAGGAGCAGUAGCUGGGUGGAUGGCGAGCUGUUUUCGUUAAAAAUCACCAACAAAAUACUUUUUUUCGUGUGAGAGAGAGAGAGAGAGAGAAAAUACGUGAUAAUAAUCCUAUGUAGCACUGAUGUGUUCUGAUAUAAAUAAAUAAAAAACUUGGUAGUAAUUUGAAACAAGAUAGUAUUUUGUCUAUUUCACAAAAUGUGAAACAUCUGUCAAAGAAUGAAGGACCAAUAAAAAUCAUUUAAAAGUU